GUUCCUGUCUGCCUUCAUUGUUUUCACCUUCAAAUGUCUUCUCAGUCAGAAAAGGAUCUUUCUUGUCCGGUCUGCGAGGACAUCUUUAAAGAUCCGGUUGUUUUGUCAUGCAGCCACAGCUUCUGUAAAGGCUGUCUGCAGUCAUCAUGGAGAGACAAACCAACACACAAGUGUCCGGAUUGUAAGGAGAUAUCUUCAGUGAGUGAUCCACCUUGCAACCUGGCAUUAAAGAACCUGUGUGAGGCCUUCUUACACAGGAAAGAACAGAAAGCAUCAGCAGUGUCUGAGUCUGUCUGCAGUCUGCAUGGUGAGAAACUCAAACUCUUCUGUCUGGACCAUCAGCAGCCAGUGUGUCUCGUCUGCAGAGACUCAAAAACACACAAGAACCACAGAUUCAGUCCCAUUGAUGAAGCUGCACAGGAUCACAAAGAUGAGCUCCUGGGAUCCCUGAAGCCCUUACAGGACAAACUGAAGUGCUUUGAACAAGUUAAAGCAAACUUUGAUCAAACAGCAGAACACAUUAAGGUCCAGGCCCAACACACAGAGAAUCAGAUUAGAGAGCAGUUUAAGAAGCUUCAUCAGUUUCUACAAGAGGAAGAGGAGGGCAGGAUCACUGCUCUGAGGGAGGAAGAGAAGCAGAAGAGUCAGAUGAUGAAGAAGAAGAUUGAGCCUCUGAGCAGAGAGAUAGCAGAUCUGUCAGACACAAUCAGAGCCACAGAGAAGGAACUGAGAGCUGAAGAUGUCUCAUUCCUGCAGAACUACAAGGCUGCAGUGAAAAGAGUCCAGCAGCGCCCCCUGCUGGAUGAUCCACAGCUGGACUCAGGAGCUCUGAUAGACGUGGCCAAACACCUGGGCAACCUGACCUUCAACAUCUGGAACAAGAUGAAGGAGAUGGUCUCCUACACUCCUGUGAUUCUGGAUCUAAACACAGCCAACCCAGAACUCAUCAUGUCUCAAGAUCUCACCAGUGUGACACGUGGACAGAAACUGAAACUUCCUAAAAACCCAGAGAGGAUUCAAAUGCACCCCUUUGUCCUCGGCUCUGAGGCCUUUAACUCAGGGACUCAUGACUGGGAUGUUGAGAUUAUUAAUGAUGCAUUUUGGGGCCUUGGUGUCUUAAGGGAGUCUGUCUGGAGAAAGGGACGAAUACUGACUGGAUUCUGGGAAAUUGUGAACCAGAAUGGAAAAUACAUAGCUGUGUCUCCACCACUUCCAGAUAAAGUUCUCCCAGUAAAGAACCUCCAGAGGAUCAGAGUUCACCUGGACUUUGACAAAGGAAAACUGUCGUUCUAUGAUCUUGAUACUAACACACACAUACACACCUUCAAACACACUUUCACUGACAGGCUGUUUCCAUACAUUGCUCCCCUGGAUAAACUGCCAAUGAAGAUAUUACCAGUGACUCUCUCUGUUCAAAUGGAACAGCAGACAGUGCCGACAGGCUUCUGGUCUACUUUCUAGUCUAAGCUAGAUUCUAUGUGUUAUUAUUUUCAGGUGAGAUAAGCUGACUCAGAAAUGUCAUCAUUUGGCAUAUCAGUGAUAAUACAAGUUCUUAGGGUCAUUACAAAACUUUAGCCUCUCUGUGUGUCUACAGAUUAGAAACAAAUAUCUGUAUCUGUAUAGUGUCAGAGUUUCAGGAACAUUACUGAACCAUGUUGUGAAUUUCUGAUCAUUAGCUCUGUCAAAAAAUGUACUGAUGAUGUUCAAUGAAAAAAAAAUGCUUCUGAUUGUGUGACUUAUAUUGUUUUCCUGUGUCUAAUAUGUUUGUACUUUGAACAUGAUGCUCAGGUGAAAUCAUGUGUGCAUAUAAUGAUUCUGAAUAUUUGAUGUUGAUAAUGAUGCUUGAAUUCAAAAUAAUGAGAGUACAGAAUAACACCAGAAAUCAACCUGUUAAAUGUGUAAUUAAAGAACAAGAUAUAUACCUUGCAGCAUAUAUAUAAGACUACAUAGCGGGACAUUAUACAGUUAAAAAAAUUAAAGUCUUUGUAAAUAAUAUUAUUAUUUACAUAACUGUAAUAAUUCAUUUUGAACCACUGUAAGUUAGUGUGUGUGGGAUACGGCUGAGUUUUAUGAAUGUAAACGGUGCAUCACUGAUUGUGUUCUGAUGAUUCACUUUUAAUUCUAAAACCAAUAAAGAAUACAAAUUAAGUGAU